GGAGAAGAAAAAAUCACAUUCAAUCUCGCAAGUCUCUCCCAGCUCUCUCCAUAUCUCAGCGUCGCCCAGCCACAGCUUCCCCACUGCACCUCCGUCCCACGUUACGCCGUCGAUCCCCUUUUCCCCUUUACAAUUCAUCUCCUUCUCCGACAUCCUUCCCUCUAGCUGCGAAUGCCACACUUAACCACGAGUUCGGCGCCAGACAUCUUUUAUGUGGUAGUUUACUUAGAAAUCGUUGGUAAUAAAUUGUCACUGUUGAAUUGUGUAAGCUAUUCUUAUGUUUUUGCAUUCUUGUUUUAUAUAAUAUAUAUAUCGCACUUAACUUCGUCAUUAAAGCAAUGCUCACUUCAUAAUUAUCAAACGUGUGAUAUAAAAAGAUGAUGUUUGGAACAUCAGUUUGCAAAAGUGAUGUACAUUUCUUGUGUGGUUGAAAAGGUUAGUAAGGAAAUGUCUGACGGAGACGAGGAGUUACCGAGGGAUGCUAAAAUUGUGAAGACACUGUUGAAAUCGAUGGGGGUUGAAGAUUAUGAACCACGAGUUAUACACCAGUUUCUUGAGCUGUGGUAUCGUUAUGUUGUUGACGUACUGACGGAUGCACAAGUCUAUUCGGAGCAUGCCGGCAAGGCUGCCAUUGAUUGUGAUGAUGUGAAGCUUGCUAUUCAGUCGAAAGUUAAUUUCAGCUUCUCGCAACCUCCUCCAAGAGAGGUUCUUCUAGAGUUGGCUAGAAACAGGAAUAAGAUCCCAUUGCCAAGGUCGAUUGGCGGGCCUGGUAUUGCCCUUCCACCCGAUCAAGACACAUUGCUCAGUCCCAAUUAUCAACUGGCAAUCCCGAAGAAGCAAGCAGUCGAAACAAUGGAAGAAACAGAGGAAGAUGAAGGUGAUGACACAGUUGUUCCAUCCCAAGAACCCAGCUCAUCAGAAGUACCUCAACAACAUGCCCCACAAAGAGUAUCUUUUCCAUUGGCAAAACGUCCAAAAUUAACAUAGUUGUUUUUCCUUCUUUGUUCAACCUCUAAUGAAAAGGGGAUUUGAAACAGAUUCAUUUGAAGUUGGUGUAAGUGUUUUGUUGGAUAUUAUGAAAUUAUUGUAUAAUACAUCUAAAAGAAUUCAGUGGCUUAGUUUCCACUAAUGUGUCAAUUCCAAAGAUAUGGACAUUUCUUCCCAA